AUGGAUAUGUACAUGCAGCAGCAGUACGCCGCGGGCAUGUACACGCCGCACCAUAGCUCGAUGGCUUACCACGGCACUCAUCGCGCCAGCAGGAGCAAGCUGUCGGACAACAUCAUGACGGAUGCAAAGGGAGCCAUCAACAACCCUGACAUCACGUUGGUAAUGCGACAAGAACCCAAGGAGGCUCUCGUCUUGAGCGCAGGCAAAGAGAAAAGUCGCAAACCCGUGGAUCCGCCACCCAUCGUUCAGCUCAAGGUUAACGCUGACGUGGAGUCCAGCCAACACUUCCUACAGAGCCCGUACCUGUUCGUGGUUGCGGACCUUUGGAAGCCCGAUAAAGACGAGCGCUGGGAGGACCGUGGUGGUAACAACCUCUAUGGCGGGCUCUGCAGCUCUCUGCACCGCCUCAAGGACAUUGACAACAAGGAUGGCGGCUUCUUUAUCUUUGGCGACAUCUCCGUCAAGAUGACUGGCAGCUUUCGGCUCCACUUCAGUCUGUACGACCUCCAGAAGGAACACAACGCCGCAGUCUUUCUUGGUAGCGUCGCGACCCAGCCGUUCAAAUGCAUGGCCCCGAAGGACUUCCAAGGCUUGGAAGAAUCCACCUACCUCUCCAGGGCAUUUUCGGAUCAGGGUGUCCGGCUGCGUCUGCGCAAGGAGCCGAGGGCAUUUGCAGGUCAGAAGCGCACAUACUUCGCUGAUGGCAUGCCUCCUUCUCAGUCAAACGCUCCAGGAAGGGCCAGUAAUUCCUAUUAUGAGGACGAGUCUCCGCAAGCCAAGCGUUAUCGUGCGGACACAGAAGAUCGCAAGGAGAGCUAUGUCGACCACGCUGCUGUCUCACAGUCUAACUUCUCCUCGUCCUAUACCCCAGCCCCACAAGCAAGCUUUCCAGUAACCACCUACGCUCCCCAGGCAGGGUACACUCCUUCGUACACUUCACUUCCCCAACCAGGCUAUUCCUCGUCAUUUGCGCCACUUUCCCAGACAAAUUACGCUGCGCACUACCUCCCAUCCUCGCCAUAUCACCAUGCUCGUCCUCCGACCGAGACGAGGCAGUACAACGUUGGAGCUUAUGCAAGCAACAUCAAUCUCGCAAACAUUCCGCAGUCCAUGCCGCAGUCUAUACCGCAAUCUAUACCACAACCAAGCUUGUCACACUAUCCGGAUAUUCGCGCAGAGGAGAGCUGGGAUCCUUAUGCAGGCCUACAGAACCAACCCGCUUCGGGUCCUUAA